AUGUUCGUGUCCCGGCUCCUGGAUUUCCAGAAGACGCCCUCCGCCAGGUUCAUGAAUCACCGUGUCCCAUCCAACUGCAGGUACCAGCCGACGGAGUACGAGCACGCGGCGAACUGUGCCACCCACGCGUUCUGGAUCCUGCCCAGCAUCCUCGGCAGCUCCAUCCUCUACAUCCUCUCUGAUGACCAGUGGGAAACCAUCUCAGCCUGGAUCUAUGGCUUUGGCUUGUCCAGCCUCUUCAUUGUCUCCACCAUCUUCCACACCAUCUCCUGGAAGAAGAGGCAUCUCAGGACUGUGGAGCACUGCUUGCAUAUGUUUGACAGGAUGGUGAUCUACUUCUUCAUCGCGGCGUCAUACGCUCCCUGGCUGAACUUGCGGGAAUUGGGUCCCUGGGCCUCCCACAUGCGCUGGAUCAUCUGGAUCAUGGCAUCUAUCGGGACCGUCUAUGUUUUCUUCUUCCAUGAGCGGUACAAGCUGGUGGAGCUGGUGUGCUACGUUAUCAUGGGCUUCUUCCCUGCCUUGGUCAUUCUCUCCAUGCCCGACAGGGAUGGCCUCCUGGAGCUGGUGGCUGGCGGACUCUUCUACUGCCUGGGCAUGGUCUUCUUCAAAAGCGACGGCCGCAUCCCCUUUGCCCAUGCCAUCUGGCACCUCUUUGUGGCCAUUGGAGCUGGCAUCCACUACUACGCCAUUUGGAGGUACCUCUACCGGCCCAGUGCGCUGGAGGCUAAAACAUCCCGGUAG